UGUCAUCAGGCGAGCGUACGAAUUAGAUCGAUACAAAAUUGCGGAAAAGUACGAUAAAAACUCCUAUUGGAGAAAAUAUAAAAAAAUAAAUAAAUAGCCAUUGCUUAUAAAUGUGCUAAAGAAAAGUGUUUUAUCUGAAAAUUGAUCAGCGUAAUUAGUGGAAAAUGGGUGAAACUGCACCAACACCUUCGCCAAUAACCGAAGAGGCCGCAAGUACGAGUGCUUCAACCAGCAGCGAUGUGAUUACGAAGCAACAGCAGCUGCCAUCGAAGGUGAAGGUACUCAUCAUUGGUGCAGGAAUGGCAGGACUUUCGGCUGCAAAUCACCUUAUAUAUAGUGGCUGCAAUGAUUUCCUUAUUCUGGAAGCACGUAGCCGCAUCGGCGGACGAAUUGUUUCGAUACCUCUCCGUUCGCAAAGAGUUGAACUCGGUGCCAAUUGGAUACAUGGUGUUUUGGGUAAUCCUAUUUUCGAGAUUGCCGUUCAACACGGUCUAGUCAGUGUGGUGAAUAUACCGAAACCGCACACAGUUAUUGCCACAACCGAGGAUGGAAAUCAGGUUCCUUUCAACAUUCUUCAAGAGAUCUACGAGGCUUACGUUUGCUUUUUGCGUCGAUGUGACGAGUACUUCAUGUGUCAAUACAGCCCACCGCCGGACAUUAAUAGCGUUGGCGAACACAUCAAUUACGAAAUUGAAAUUUACUUAAGUUCUGUAAAAGAUCUGAAAGAGAAACGCUUAAAGCAAUUGAUUUUCAAUUGUUUACUCAAGCGUGAAACGUGUAUUACCGGCUGUACCAGCAUGAACGAAGUGGAUCUCUUAGAGCUGGGCAGCUACACAGAAUUACAAGGUGGAAACAUUGUGCCGCCGCAAGGCUACAGUUCUAUUUUGCGACCGCUUUCUGCACCUAUACCGAAAGAGGCAAUCAUCACCAAAUGUCCGGUAAAGAAAAUUCAUUGGAAACGGAAAAAGACAAUUACAGGGCUGGAAACAGUCGAUGAGAAUUCAGAAGAUGAUGAUGAUUCAGAUGAUACGGAAAAGACAGUUACUGAAGUGCCAACUGCACGCACAGCAGCCGCAUCAGCAGCAACCACAACGAAUGCCCCAGUACGUGAGAAAUCUACUGAGUCCGAUGACAACUGUGAUUCGAGUGGCAAUUUAAUAGAUGCUGCUGUGCGAGUAGACUGUGAAGAUGGGCGAAGCUUUUACGCUGAUCAUGUGAUAUGCACCAUACCGCUGGGUGUACUUAAAUCAACACAUAAAACUCUGUUUGCACCUGAGCUACCGCAUUACAAGCAGGAGGCAAUUGAAAAUUUAAUGUUUGGAACAGUAGAUAAAAUUUACCUAGAAUAUGAUCGUCCGUUUUUGAACUCCUCCUUUUCUGAAAUAAUGUUAUUGUGGGACGAUGACAAAUACGAUGUGCAUUUGUCAGAUGAAGAGCGCAGUUCGACCGAGUAUUUGAGCAAGAAUUGGUACAAAAAGAUUUAUUCUUUUGCGAAAGUAUCUGAAACACUACUAUUGGGCUGGGUUUCAGGACGAGAGGCUAACUACAUGGAGACGCUGUCUCACGAAGAAGUCGCAGAAAAAUGCACAGAGAUAUUGCGGACAUUCUUAAAGGAUCCGUAUGUGCCGAAACCAAAACUUUGCGUGUGCACAAGUUGGAAGUCACAACCGUUUUCUCGUGGUUCUUACACUUCAAUACCUAUUGGCGCAACGCAAGAAGAUAUAGAGUUAUUGGCACAGCCACUUUACGUGAAUCCACAAGCACAGAAGCCCGCCGUAUUGUUCGCCGGCGAGCAUACACAUGCCAACUUUUACUCAACUGUACACGGUGCCUAUUUGACUGGUCGAACGGCCGCUCAAUAUAUUCUCUCUAAAGACGAGCCGGUCGAGGCUAUUCUGGAAGCAGAUACCAGCGACUUGAGUUCUUGGAUACAAGGAAUUUCGCUGGAAUAGGAAGUGACUAGCAUUAACAUAAAAGUGGAAAACAAAAUACCAAAAGCAACGAAUUCAUUUAACAAAAAACAAGAAAAGGACGAAUGUGAAAUGAAUUGAGGCAGUGAACUUCCAUUGAGAUGUGGCAAUAUUUUCCCGGCGUGCAGUUCAGUAUCAUUGGAACCAUUCUAAAGCUUAAGUUAAACAUUUUAAAUAUUUGCGAGCAAGCAACUUUAAGUGCAAAUGGCUUAUUUGCAAAGCUUAUAAUAAAGGCAAACCAUAUGUUUCUUGCAUUUUUUGCGUUAUCACAAAAUUUAACCACCACUUUGGUGGCUAAUUCUGUUUAAAUUGUUUUAUAAUUUAACUUUUGUUUAAUUUUAUUAGCGAGUAAUAUUUAUGCUUAGGUGCUUUUAUAAAGUGCGAAAUACGUGAUAAUCAAGUUGAGAGUAUAACAGUAAAAACUACAUGCAAUAUUUUAUUGUCUUUACAAAUUUGCAAUAAGAUUGCAAAAAUAAUUGACUAAACAAGUAUUUUAAGUUCAAUUCUAGUUUAAUGCCAUUUAAUGAUAAACUUUUUCACGCCCAAUGUUUUUUUUAGCAAUUUUGUGAAAUUUUUGUUUAUAAAAUCAUUUACCUAUGUAUUAUUUAUAUUGCUAUAUUUUUUCUUACAUUUUUACUGCAAACGCAUUUAUUAAAUUAUUUUGAUAUGUAGCACAUGAAUCAUGGUUUUUCUCCCACAAGAUCUGUUAUCUUUCAUAUAAUUUAACUCAAUGUCUGAUAUUAUAGCGAAGUAAUGGAACUUUUAAAACUGAUUAACAACUAUUAUAUACAUACAUAUAUAUGUAUUUGACAUAGAAAUGCUUCUGUUUAGUAUCACACAAACAAUUUUUUAAAUCUCUCAAUCGUACCAGCAGAUAAAUAUACAGUAGAAUAAAUCCCUAAAUAUGUAAAUUGUAUGUAUUGUAUGUAGUAGCAAGAAAGAAAGCAGAUUUGUUUCAUUAUUUAAGUUAUUUAUUUAUUUAAAAAGGCAUGGAACAUUACUCAUAGCCACACAUACGUAUGUAUGUGAUAGUAUUUAUGCAUAACUCUCAAUGUCAGCACAAGAAUGAUGUGUAAGAAAAAUGGUCCCUAUGAAUGCGUAUUUUUUGAUAUAUUCGUACUGAGAAAAUUCUUAAGUUGAAAAUGUGUGUCAUGAAAUGUAGUCAAUGAUAAGGAAAUCGUAAAUUUAAACUUCUUUUAAAUUUAAUAAUAAAGAUAUUGACACUUGCAUACGUGAAUAACUGAA